UUUGGCCGCGCUGUAAUAGUCGCAGCUGAUCCGCGAAGCCGAGUGGUUUGGUAAGCGUGUUGUGAAUGUUCAUAGUAAAAGUAAAUGCGUGGAAGUUUGUUUAUUUGAAAAACGGAGUCAGUGAUGUUGACAUUUAACUUGACACUACUAAAAAUAACCGGCUGAUAAUUUCUUCUCAGAAGAAGAAGAAAUAAAAAAAAAACUCAAGUUUGUUUUUAAUUUUCUAAGAAAAUCUAAACACUGACAAGUGUAAACCGAUAAAUUUGUUCUACGGAAGUGAAAGGAUUCUAACCGUGUGCUGGAGUUCACGUCGUGACCGUUUGAAGUGAACUCUCGAGUUUUUGUUCUGCUAUCGCUGUCACCGUCGCAUCCGAUCUUAAUCGUGAUGCUCAUCGAGUAAUAACAAGGAUUAUGUCGGGAUGAUGAUGUACUAGCUUCAGGAAAAACACACGUGUGCGAGAGUAAUAAAGAGGAGUCUAUGAUUUGAUUGACCAAAAAUUGAAUGUAAUUUAAUGAUGGUGAGAUGACUCAGAGUUACCGAUAAAUCGAAUCAAUCCAGGGUAAUUUCGUGGCAUGAAAACCAUUUGAAGGUGUGGUUAGAUUAAUAUAGACCGAUAUGUCACUACUACUAACACGAGGAGGCCGCAAGGCUUCUAUUCUUUGUUUUUGUGUUCUUCUAUUUUUAUUUGCGCUCUACGAGCUUGGAAUUAUAUGCGGGAGUAAUAAAGAUCAAAUUUCGUCUAUGAUGGUACCAAAAGAGAAAUUCGUUAUAGGAGAAUUAGACAAAAAAACUUACACUUAUGACCGCAAUAUGCCAUUAAUAUUCAUCGGUGGUGUUCCACGAUCAGGGACCACCUUAAUGAGGGCAAUGUUAGACGCUCAUCCAGACGUGAGAUGUGGACAAGAGACAAGAGUAAUCCCCCGGAUACUUCAGAUGGGGUCUCAUUGGCUGAGAUCAGAACGUGAAAACGUCCGUUUAUCAGAAGCCGGUAUAUCUAAAGAGGUUUUGGAUAGUGCUAUUGCAGCGUUUUCCUUAGAAAUUAUUGCAAGACACGGUGAACCAGCACCCCGGCUGUGCAAUAAAGAUCCCCUGACGCUAAAAAUGGGCUCUUAUAUACUUGAAUUAUUUCCGAAUGCUAAAUUUUUAUUUAUGGUUCGAGAUGGCCGUGCUACCGUUCAUUCCAUUAUUUCCAGAAAGGUAACGAUAACUGGAUUCGAUUUAUCGUCGUAUAGACAGUGUCUCACGCGAUGGAAUCACGCAAUAUCAUUGAUGUACGAUCAAUGCAAAGAAGUGGGUCCCAGCCGAUGCCUGAUGGUUCCUUAUGAACAACUAGUCCUCCACCCACGUGAUUGGAUGAAGAAAAUCCUUAAUUGGCUCGAUGUGCCCUGGAACGAAUCCGUCCUCCAUCAUGAGGAAUUCAUCAACAAGCCCGGCGGCGUUCCACUAUCCAAAGUUGAACGUUCUUCUGAUCAAGUUAUAAAACCCGUGAAUCUCGAGGCUUUGACUAAGUGGGUCGGACAAAUUCCUACUGACGUUGUCAGGGACAUGCCAGACAUCGCUCCGAUGCUUUCAAAGCUCGGUUAUAAUCCUUAUGAAAAUCCUCCUGUUUAUGGAGCACCCGACAGUGUUGUUAGCGAUAAUACAAGAAGAGUACUCGUCAGAAAAGACAUUUGGGAGGCCAAAGUGAAACAAUUCGCCUUGGAACAACAAACUCCUGGAUCGAUUACACCCGAAGACGAUUUUACAACAAUGACAAAUGAUGCGUGACAAAUAAAAUUUUUGUUAGGCGUUUAAAAUAAUAAAUACUGAAACUCAUAUUUAAUUAAUUUGA